AUGGCAAAAAGUUUUCCUGUCGAAAAUUUAGAAACGAUAGUGACGAAAGUUUUGGAAAAAUUUAAUGAUAAUUUCCUAAAGUGUCUUGAAAAAGUCAUUGACAAAUCCAAUGAAAACAUGGUAAAAGUUAUUACGCUCUUAAACAACAACCUAGACAAAAUUGAGACAUUAAGUAACAGUUUCGUGCGUGCGGUUAAGAGCAUGUCUAAUGCUUUAACUGACUCCAUGACUCAGCUUCAUGCUACUUUGUCCACAUUGGGCAAUAGCGUUUCCGCAUGCCAACAACAAGUAACAAAGCUUAAUAAAACUCCAAUGUUCAAAACCAUGACUAGGGCUCUUUGGACUGUGGAACAAGAGCGAAAAGAUGAUGAGCAACGGUCAAACAAUGUUAUCAUUUCCGGGCUUGAACUUGAACAGGGAGGUAAUGACAAAGAUAUGGUUUCUCCAAUUUGUGAAAACCACCUUCCUAUGAAACCUCAGAUUGUAAGAACUCGUCGUAUUGGAAAGUCAAAAUUGUGUGUGACUUUAAGCAACUCACCAGUUGCCGAAGACCUGAUUGCAUCAUCAAGGAUUCUUCUCUCAUCACCACCGACAAAAAAUAUCUACAUUAAUCCAGAUCUCUCCAAGAGGCAGGCAGAGCAAGCAUUUUUUAAAAGACAGAAGAGGCGUCUCAAUAAAACAAGCAACCUGCAGAUGAUCAGCCCUUUCGUUCAGUCAAAUAGAAAUGGGCACCUUCGUUUGGCCCUGGCUAACGUUCGUAGCCUACAGAAGAAAACAAACGACCUCAGUUUAUUUUUGUCAACUUAUGACCCUGAUAUAUUUUUUGUUAUAGAAACGUGGCUCACUCCAAAUGAUCCGGAUAAUAUGUUUUUGUUUCCUUGUUUUAGUUUUGUUCGAAGGGACCGUGGAUAA